ACCUCACACCUUUUCUCUCUUUUUUACCCCCUUCGGUGUCCUCUACGCUAUUCGCGAUCUCCAAAUCAACUCUAUCCACACCGCUUGACGACACCCGUCGUUCAUCACCGUCCAUCCAAUUCCCUCGCUGCUCCUUGGUCCUCUCCUUGACACACAUCCAUUGCCGCCGCUAUGGACUCGCAACGUCCGAACGAUGUGUCGCCCGAGGCCAUGCAGGCGCGCAUUCAGCAGGCGCGACGCGAGGCUGAGAACUUGAAGGAUAGGAUCAAGCGAAAGAAGGAUGAAUUGGCCGAUACUACUCUUCGCGCCGUAGCACAGCAAUCUCACGAAGCAAUUCCCCGAAAUCAAUUAAUGAAGACAAAGAGGACGCUAAAGGGACAUCUGGCUAAGAUCUAUGCUAUGCACUGGUCGACCGACCGAAGACAUCUAGUAUCCGCCUCGCAAGAUGGCAAGUUAAUCAUUUGGGAUGCGUAUACGACGAACAAAGUUCACGCCAUCCCCUUACGGUCAUCAUGGGUUAUGACCUGCGCUUACGCCCCGAGCGGUAAUUAUGUUGCCUGCGGUGGUCUCGAUAACAUCUGCUCCAUCUAUAAUCUCAACCAGAACCGAGAUGGGCCGACACGCGUAGCUCGUGAGCUAUCUGGCCAUGCUGGCUAUCUAUCUUGCUGCCGAUUCAUUAACGACCGGAGCAUCCUUACUUCGUCUGGUGACAUGACUUGCAUGAAGUGGGAUAUCGAGACCGGAACAAAGGUUAUGGAAUUUGCCGACCAUCUAGGCGAUGUCAUGAGCAUCAGUCUGAACCCUACGAAUCAAAACACAUUCAUAUCCGGCGCUUGCGACGCAUUCGCGAAGCUAUGGGAUAUCCGUGCCGGCAAGGCCGUGCAGACAUUCGCCGGUCACGAGUCCGAUAUCAAUGCCAUCCAAUUCUUCCCGGAUGGCCAUUCAUUUGUAACAGGAUCUGACGACGCGACGUGCAGGCUGUUUGAUAUUCGAGCAGAUAGGGAACUCAAUCUCUACGGGUCUGAAUCCAUUCUAUGUGGUAUCACUUCUGUUGCCACUUCUGUUUCUGGUCGCCUACUAUUCGCUGGAUAUGAUGACUUCGAAUGCAAGGUAUGGGAUAUCACCAGAGGAGAGAAGGUCGGAUCCCUCGUAGGUCACGAGAACCGUGUCAGCUGUCUGGGCGUUAGCAACGACGGUAUCAGCCUGUGCACGGGCUCUUGGGACUCUGUGCUCAAAAUCUGGGCAUACUAGGUGGACGUCUAUGUCGAGAUGGAGCAUUGUUACGUGGAUCACCCGCGUAGCUGUUGCUCCCCCUUUUCAGACGAAUAUUUUGAACUAAUUUCAACCUGUCAUGCAUGACGAAUCGUUUAGGUUCGAUGCUCUCAGGACGAAGUCACGACAGCCUUUUCCAGCAACUAUUUUCCUUACUGGCCUGUGUUGUACUCGAUUCCCACCGGACUACUGUUCGCCGCUGCCGACCGAGGGGCCAAGGGAGUGUAUAGUUCCCGGCCCUGUUCACUUUUAGAUACCUCCAUAAUAUCAUAUUUCUCUACCCAAUUCGCAUCUGUCAGCUAGUCUGCUAAUAUACCGCCUCGGACUUGAUUGGUAAUAAUU